GAGCGAUCUGUUUUUAUCCUUUGCCAAACAGACAGAUUAAUAAGAAAUCUAUUACUUGAUUUUUCUUUGGAAAAGAAAUAGUUUGAACAAACUCAAGUUUACAACUUUAUAUUUUGCACCUAUAUCAUCGUUUGUUCCGAAUUCUCUAAUUCAAACGAUUUUCCUGUUGGAUUUCCAUCUUACAUUCACCAUAUCUUUUAUAAAAAUGUUUUCUCGCAGUGUCCAAAGUGUUGGCCGCGUUUCCCCUUUAAUAACUCAGCGUUUUGCUGGCCUUGGCGUUGCCAGCUCCUUGUCUGGUCUCCGUCUUGCUAACAUGAAUGGUGCCUCAAAUAUCUUUGCCCCUUCCUCCUUCUCUUCUCCUCGUCGCUUGUACCACAAGAACGUCUUGGAUCACUACAACAAUCCAAGGAAUGUUGGUAACCUCCCCAAGAAUGAUGCUGACGUCGGUGUCGGUCUAGUGGGUGCUCCUGCUUGUGGUGAUGUGAUGCGUCUUGCAAUUCGUGUGAACAAGGACGGUGUCAUUGAGGAUGUCAAAUUCAAGACUUUUGGUUGUGGAAGUGCUAUCGCUUCUUCUUCCUAUGUUACUACCAUGGUCAAGGGAUUGACCUUGGAAGAGGCUGCCAAAAUCAAAAACACUCAAAUCGCCAAGGAAUUGAGUUUGCCUCCUGUUAAACUACACUGCUCCAUGUUGGCUGAAGACGCCAUUAAGAGCGCUGUUAAAAAUUAUCGCUCCAAGAGCUUGGAUGAUGCCGCCGCUGCUGCCAAACCUGCUCAAGCUGCCGGUGCUGCUUAAGUUUUUAUGUUAGGUGUUGCUGAUCGUCAAGUCUAAUGGAGUAGACAAAUCGUCGCUUCUCGCUGGUCAGUUUUUGGGUUUAUUUUCUUCGGUCAAGUUUUUUAUGUUAUUUUGAUAAACCAUUUGCUCGAUUUUAUGAUUAAAAUGUUGCUGGCUUUGAAUCUGUUUCCUCCAAGUGAUGGUUAAUUGGAUACAAAGUAGCAUUAUGGCAAUUACACAAUUACCUUGUGCAUAUUGGUUUGCGUUCACAUCCCCCCUCCUGUAUUUAAUGAUUGUUUUUUUUUUCAUUAUUGGUUUCUUUUUCAUUGCUAUAUGAUUUUUGUUGCAUUUGUUGCUUCGUUUGCUUAGUUAAGAGAAGAUAAAGAAAAAUUACAACACUUUACUUUCUUUUGUUAUGAAUCUCCCUUAAAAAAGAGAAAGUUUUAUUCGUUUCAAUAAGUUUGUGCGAAUAUAACCCUAUGAAUCGGUGUGCUUACAAGGCUAGUCGAAUCGAAUCAUGUUGAAAUAUGUUGUGAAAACAGCAUUUGGUUGGAAGUGCCUUUGUCUUUCUACUUUUGACACCCAUUAGGAGAAAUUAAAUACUAAUAAUAAUUAUUCAUGAAUGCCAAAUGAUGCUUCUUCGAUAUUGUCUG